AUGCCUCAAGAUUUGAUGCACACUGCAAACGAGGGAGUUCUUUCUUAUAUGUGCCAUUUAAUUUUGAAACAUGUCAUUGUCGACCAAAAGAAGAUUUCUCUAGCUCGAGUAAAUACCACUAUUGCUCAGCUGUCAAAUGCAUUCCCUGCUGACAGACCAGGACUAAUCAAGGAAGAGCAUCUGGCCCCUACGCAUACCCUUCGCCAAAGUUCAGCUCAAAUGAGAGUGCUGUCAUUGCUCUUACCGUUUGCCUUACAAGUCAAGACGGCUGAUGGUAGCUUACAGUUUGCUGGUGAUGCAAAAUAUUUGAAUUGCUUCAUCAAAUUUUCUCAAAUUAUGAAUUUUUGUUUGGCUUACAAGUUUCAUGUGACAGAUGUGGAACUAUUAAGAGCAAAAAUUCAAGAAUUUCAUGAAGAACUUAUCUUAAUUGAUCCCACUGUCAACAAGGCCAAAUUACAUUUUUUGCAUCAUAUUCCUGAUCAGAUUAUCCUGUAUGGUGGUAUACGACAAGUUGCUUGCUAUAGAUUUGAAGGUCAUCAUUCUAUUUUCAAAAGGCAUUUCAAAAUUAUUCACAAUUAUGUAAAUCCAAUGUUAAGUCUGGCCUUACACCAUCAAGUCCGUAAAUGUAACCAGAUGAGGAAGAAGAAUUUUCUCUAUGAUGGUCAUGAGUACACCAAUAAAAUGGAUGUUACAAAUUUGGUGGAUCGCCGUGUGGCUGCAGUAAAAGAAUCAUUCCCUACUGCUCCACAAAUAAUUGAAAUUUCAAGACUUAAAGUUUACAGAACAGUCUAUAAAGAAGGACACCUUAUUCUCCUUGCCGAUGAUGAACCAGAAUUUGCAGUAAUUCAAAAAAUAUACUCAAUUGGAAACAACAAAUUUUGCUUUGUCUGCUUAAAAGCAAAGACUAGAAGUCUUGUGAAAGAAGUCAAUGCUUACCACAUAUCAACAAUGAGUACGCUGUUAACUGUUGAUGUUGAUCAGCUGAAGUAUCCUCAUCCCAUUGUAAGACUUGUGUGGGAUAGUAAGGAUUUUGCCAUGCCUCUUGGACACCACAAACUUUUGGCUGGAACCUGUUAA